AUAUGUAAUAGUGAUACGCAGUUAGAUUGAAAGCUUGAAACAUCAAAGGUUUUAUCGUUUCGUUCCGACAAACGAUCUCGUUUACCAGCUGAAAAGAGCUCUCGUCAUUGCUGUGUAUUCUAGAAGGGGAUUCUUCAUCAGAGCAGAAACUAGCAUUAACGAACUGGCAAAGAAGAUGAAUCUUGCUUGUGCAUUGCUGUUGCUGUUAUUGGUGGCACCUUUUUGCCAGCUUUGUUCAGCGUGGCCUUGGGAAGAAACAGCGUCAAGCACGCCUUUCUCUAGCUCAAGCUCAAUAACAACCAGCGAUUGGUUCUGGGACGAUAACACUGCUAGUCGGGAGUUGACACCGUCGCUCGAGACUACCACUGCCUCUUCGUUUAGUACCACCAGUAGCUGGGCCUGGGAUUGGGAACAGGAGACCUCCAGUACAACAUCGUCAUUUUCAUCAUCCAGUACAAGUUCAGCUGAAGACGACUGGUACCUAACACCAACUUCCACUGUGAGCGAAGCGACUUCUUCCGUGCCUUCCAUUGACAUGCUGUUUGCCUACAUGUAUGAGGCAUUAGAACGCGAUCAUCUUGGCAUGAAGCGAAAAAGGCGCGAAGUUGAGGAGCCGAGCCUUCCGAAGAAGAGGGACGUAGCCGCCCGUGGCAACAAGAUAAACCCGUUUAUGUUAAACCGGUUCAGGAAAAGAAAGCUGCUCGGCUAAAGCACCUUAAACGAUUUGAAGAAAGCAAAAAGGGCUUCUUGGCAAUUGGAAAAAACAACGCUGAAGUUUUCACUUGUAGUCAUCGCUGUAAAUCAGAGUUAAACCAUAUAAAACACAUUUACUUUCUCAGUAGAGGGCGUUGCGCCCGACCUGUAUCCCAAUAAAAAAAAGGUCGUUAUCCGGGAGUUUAUAACUAUAAAAGAAUUCGAAAAAAACAUAAACUUCAAAAAAAAAAAACCUCAGUUAACAUACAUGUAGUGGCUUUGCUCAUGCACCAUGCAUUCCUGCGACGAUAAAGCCUGAUCCCGGCAUUGUUUUAUUGUGCUUUAGGCCCUCAGUUCGACAGGUAAAAUAGUUCCCAGAUUAGCAAGUUCGAAAAAAAGGUGCGAGAAUCAGAUUUAUUACUGAGUGCCGAGGCACGAUAGCCUUUCCAUAAAUAUACUAUUGUUUCGUUUGAGGGUGAUUUGUGGUGGCUUAUGAAAAAGUACAGUUUCAUAUAAUAUUUCACGUCUUCGUAUAGACUUCUAAAUUUAUCUUCGUGUAAUAAGGGUCCGUAUCGCUUUUAAAGUAGAGUUUAGAAUUGACGAUUCAAUCUUGUGUUAUUAUCAUUAGUCAAACGUGUAACGUUAACUGCCUGUGCUAAUGCUUUCAAUUUUAGUGAUAAUUUACCAAUAUAUCUUCGCGUUAUCAGUUUUUCUUUCAACAUAUUAAAGCUGAAUAAUAAACAUUU